AUGUCACCUUUGACGACACCGUUUUUAGCGAAGAAGAAGGAGAAGAAAGUAUUGCGUUUUUUGCCUUCUGGCAAUACGAAUACGACUCAUAAUGGUGCUAAAAAAGGAUGUUCGAAGUGUCGGUACGCGAUUCGAGGAUGCCGACGAUGCGUUGAAAAUUUUAUCACGUACAGCGAAGAGAAGAAGAAGAAAUUUAAAAAGGCAGAGACGAUUCAGACGACGACUUUAAAACAGACGGAGAAGGAGAAGACAAAGAGAAAGGCUUCGAUCGCGUCCUCGUCUGAAAAGAAGAAGAAGGUAAAGAAGACCACGGAAGAGGAGGAGGAAAAGGAGACGAAAAAGAAGACGAAGAAGAAGAGAGAGACUGUAAAACCGAGGACGAUUUCGCCCCCAAAAUCAUCAGCAUUCUCACUAUUGAAGGAUGAGAGGAAGAAAAACGACGACGACGACGAGAAAAAAGAUGACUUUGAUGAGGAAAAACAGAAGAAGACUCCUGAAACGACCACCUUUGCGACGAGAGCAGCGGAUGAUGAUGAGACGCGAACGAUGCUGCCGGUGGAAAUGCAAUCACCGAUCAUCGGUCGACGCGAAUACAUAAUAGACGCGGAGGAUACGAAUACUAAAGAGGAAGAAGAAGAAGAAGAAGAACCGCCGUCGACGUUGAAGAGAGCGUUGCACAAAUCGCUCUUCUUCUUUGACCAACAGACGGAGGAGGAAGAGAAGGAAGAGAAGGAAGUCGCGAGAACGCCUUUGAAACCGGUGCAACCUUCAUCGCUCGUCGUAAAAGUCGCGGAGCGAAAGCAACUUUUGGCGGUGUCUCCUGGAACGCUCCGGACUGCAAACGAAAGCGUGUGGUGGGAGACGGAAAAGGAAGAGGAGGAGGAGGAAAACCCGGAGCAGAUGAAACACAGACUGCGUCGAGAGGCUUUAGAUCAAAGAGAGAAAGAGGAGAGUCGAGACGCUCGAGAGAAAUACAAAAACGCGGAGGCGUUUGAAACGACGAAAUCGAAGUUAUCCUUCGACUGCGAAGACCCGAGUUACGAUUUCUUAUCCGCGGUCCCGGAGUACAACAACGAUCCGUUUCAAACCGUUCUGAGUCGUUUGCAGGACACGUCGCCGUCGAAACACGCGCCACCGCCACCACCGGUCGUCCUCGCCCUCGGAGGAAAAGGAGGAGGAGGAGACGAGGAGACGAAAAAAAGAGACGCGCUGUGCCAGCUUCGUACGUUAAGUACUCUAACGAACAAACAACAACAACAACAACAACAACAACAACAACAACAACAACAACACAUCAUUAGCAGAGAACAAACGCUCGCCGUCUUGAUGCAGCAGCGACAGUUGACGGAGCAGAGAGGAGAGUAUAUAGCAAACACAGGAGGAGGAGGAAAAGGAGGAAAAGGAGCUCCCUUUUCCUAUUAG